CAGGAGGAGGAGGAGGAGAGCGUGAGCCGGGGGGGCAGAGAGAGAGGGAGCGCGGCAGGAGGAGGAGGAGGGGAAGAAGCGCGACGCAGGGACGGCAGAUGCCUGGAAAUAAAAAUUUGAUGAUUGCAUGCAGCGGCUGGAGAGACUCUGUCGGUGGCGGCGGCGGGGACGAGGCAGGGACAGGGGGGGCGACGGCAAAAUGAAGUAUCAGAAAUACCUGACUGUCUUGCAGAUGGCCAUAGGGGUGACCGCCUCCAACAGGGGCAGUCUGAUGCCCUUAAAGAGGAAGCUGUGGGUAACUCCAUCUUCCGAAAAUCCUAAUGGUGCUACCUGUAGUGUAAGUCAGGGAAAGCCCUCUUUAAGAAGAAUAAAAGGGAGAAUACACAGAAGCAAAAGUCUUGAUAGCAUUGAUUUCUGUGAAUUCACUAGCACAACAAUGGAAGAAACAGCUAUAUGGGAACAACACACAGUGACUCUUCACAGGGCCCCUGGAUUUGGAUUUGGUAUUGCAAUAUCUGGAGGAAGAGAUAAUCCUCACUUUCAGAGUGGUGAGACAUCAAUAGUUAUUUCUGAUGUGCUGAAAGGAGGCCCAGCAGAAGGACUGCUACAAGAAAAUGACCGUGUUGCAAUGGUUAAUGGAGUUUCAAUGGAUAAUGUCGAGCAUGCAUUUGCUGUUCAGCAACUGAGGAAAAGUGGGAAGAAUGCCAAAAUUACUAUCCGAAGGAUGAAGAAAAUUCAGAUUCUGUCUCGACCAGACCCUGAACCAGUGUCUGAAAACGAGGACGACAGCUAUGAUGAAGAAAUCCGGGAUCCAAGGAGCAGCCGUGGUGGUCCCAGUGCCAGCAGGAGGCAUGAGAAGAGCUGGGUCAGAGAUCGCAGCGCAAGCAGGGAGAGGAGCUUGUCUCCAAGGUCAGACAGGAGGUCUGUCACCUCCACCAGCCAGCCUGCAAAACCCACCAAAGUCACACUGGUGAAAUCCAGGAAAAAUGAAGAGUAUGGUCUGCGGUUGGCAAGUCACAUAUUUGUGAAAGAAAUAUCACAGGAUAGCCUGGCAGCAAGAGAUGGCAAUAUCCAGGAAGGAGAUGUUGUUCUGAAGAUAAACGGCACAGUGACGGAAAAUAUGUCCUUAGCAGAUGCCAAAACAUUAAUAGAAAGGUCAAAAGGCAAAUUGAAGAUGGUUGUUCAGCGAGAUGAACGAGCCACACUGUUGAAUGUCCCUGAUCUUUCUGACAGUAUUCAUUCUGCUAAUGCUUCAGAAAGAGAUGACAUUUCAGAAAUUCAGUCGCUGGCAUCAGAUCAUUCCAACCGAUCACAUGACAGGCCCCGCCGCAGUCGUUCACGAUCUCCUGACCAGAGGUCAGAGCCUUCAGACCAUUCCAGACAUUCUCCACAGCAGCCCAGCAACGGCAGUCAUCGAAGCAGAGAAGAUGAGAAAAUAACUAAACCAGGAGCUGUCUCUACACCUGUAAAGAAUGCAGAUGAUAUUUCUAAAACUGUGGAAGAGGUGACAGUUGAAAGAACUGAAAAACAAACUCCACCACUCCCAGAACCAAAGCCAGUGUAUGCACAAGGAGGUCAGCCGGAUGUGGAUUUACCAGUCAGUCCAUCUGAUGGUCCUUUGCCCAAUUCAACCCAUGAAGAUGGAAUGCUUCGGCCAAGCAUGAAACUGGUAAAAUUCAGAAAAGGAGAUAGUGUUGGCUUGCGACUAGCAGGUGGCAAUGAUGUUGGCAUAUUUGUAGCUGGUGUUCUGGAAGACAGCCCUGCAGCAAAAGAAGGAUUAGAGGAAGGGGACCAGAUUCUCAGGGUAAAUAAUGUAGACUUCACAAAUAUCAUCAGAGAAGAAGCUGUUCUUUUUUUGCUUGAUCUUCCUAAAGGCGAAGAAGUAACCAUUUUGGCACAGAAGAAAAAAGAUGGUAAAUAUUUGUAUAUUGGAAGUGAUGUAGUAGAUUGCUUAGAGCAGCAUUAA